CAUCAUUACCAGAUGUCCCAGGGAGACUGGCUGCCAGCUGAAUCACUGCACGUCUCAGCUCCACACUCGCUCCCUCUCCCGCUUGCCUUCCUCUCCCUCUUAUUUUUCUCCCUGGCUUCUCCAUUUCCAGCUGGUUUUUCGGAGCUCCGCGACAAGACCGGGGCUCCCCAUCUGAAGCGCCAUGAAGUCCGCCUGCCUCUCCUUGCUCCUGGUCACCGCCUGCUGGGCUCUGCCCUUCCGCCAGUCCGGCUUCCUGGACUUCAUGAUGGAGGAUGAGUCCGGCUCGGGCACAGAUUCUAAAGUGCUGGAGUUGCCGCCGAUGCCAGAGGGACCCAAGUGCCCCUUCAGAUGCCAGUGCCACCUCCGUGUGAUCCAGUGCUCCGACCUCGGUCUGACAGCAGUUCCCGAGGACAUCCCUGCAGACACCACCCUGCUGGACCUGCAGAACAACAAGAUCACCGAAAUCAAAGAAAACGACUUCAAGAACCUCAAAGGGCUCCACGCUCUGAUCCUGGUGAACAACAAAAUCUCCAGCAUUCACGCCAAGGCUCUGAGCCCUCUGACCAAGCUGCAGCGCCUCUACCUGUCCAAGAACAUGCUGAAGGAGAUGCCGGCCAACAUGCCCAAGAGCCUGCAGGAGCUGCGCAUCCACGAGAACGAGAUCACCAAGAUCAAGAAGGUGUCCUUCCAGGGCAUGGCCCACGUCAUCGUCAUGGAACUGGGCUCCAACCCCUUCAAGAGCGCAGGAAUCGAAGCCGGAGCUUUCGCCGACCUCAAGCGGGUGUCCUACAUUCGUAUCGCUGACACGGGCAUCACGGAGAUCCCCAAAGGUCUGCCCAGCUCUCUGUCUGAACUUCACCUGGACGGAAACAAAAUCACCAAAGUCACAGCUGAAAGUCUGAAGGGCCUCAAGAACCUGGCUAAACUGGGCUUGGGCAACAAUGACAUCAGCUCGGUGGAAAACGGCACCCUGGCCAACGUGCCCCACCUGCGGGAGCUGCACCUGGACAACAACGGCCUGACCAGCGUCCCCCCCGGCCUGCCCGACCACAAGUACAUCCAGGUGGUCUACCUCCACGCCAACAAGAUCUCGGCCGUGGGAACCGAAGACUUCUGUCCUCCCGGCUUCAACACCAAGAAGGCCAUGUACUCCGGCAUCAGCCUCUUCAGCAACCCGGUGCCCUACUGGGAAGUCCAGCCCAUCACCUUCCGCUGCGUCUUCGACCGCUCCGCCAUCCAGCUGGGCAACUACCGGAAGAAGUAGAGCCCCGUGUCCGCGAGUGUGCAUUUGUAAAUGAGCGUGUGAGAGUUUUAUAAGUGUGUGUGUUUGACCCGCCCGAGCCCCCGAAACACUGACCCCACCUCCACCACUGCCUUGACCACGUUAAUCAGCACCUUCACCUUCAUCCUCACCGCCGCCGGUUCAUCACUUCUUUCUUAUCCGUACGCUCUCGUAUCAUCCUGAAUGUUAUCAACCACACGUGAAAUUUUGCUUUGGAAAACGACUGGUGGCGAAUUCGUGCUGGCCUGUAGAGCAGGAAGCAAAGGGGGUGUGUCUUAAACAAGAAUGUACUAGUUAAUACCUGUGUCUUAGCAAUAGCAUUGGAAGGGUGACGCCAGCACUCUCUUGAGAACUUCAUGAUUCUAUUUGUAUUGUACUCAAUUCAAGUAGAGAUAAAAGCAACCAAGACCUGUUUCCUGUCUGAGUUCUUCAGCCGGACCAGCGAUUGAACUGGAGGUCCACGGUUCUGGAAUCCGCUGGUGGAGCUGCAGGGCGGAGUGGACGGGAAACUCAGCGGCCAGACCUCAACGUCCACUCAAGCCGCGAG